ACCCCGCGCCCCGCGCCCCCUGCACCAUGCCGCGCUCCCGCUCGCCCCGCGCGCACUCUCUACGCAUUCUGUGUUUUCUUCUUACUGGCUUCUUCUCCGCUGUGAUUCUAGAACCAACCAGUUCGGAGAGCGCAUCCCCCGCGCACCCUGAUGACGCAGAACUGUUCCGCGAAGCCCCCCUCUACCCUCCACUUCGAGACUCCGACCCUUAUCGAUACAACGACUACCUGAACAUACAUACAGACAACGAACAUGACACGUAUACAAAACAGAGUAAAUAUUUUUAUAAAACUGUUGAUACUGAUAAAUCAGAUGUAGAAAUAAGAGAUAUAGAAAGGACUGAUUUUAAAUACGAUGAUCCCGAAACUAGUGCCGAAGAUGGUGGCAUCUCUGUUACACCUGAUGAUCCAGAUGUAUCUGCUAGUAUUACUAUCGAUCGAUACUCAGAAGAAUUGAACUACUUAACGCCAGAAAAUGAAUAUCAAAGACAGAAUCCAUUUUCUAUAAAGACAAAUAAUUUCGUAAAACCAGAUAUUUUGACAAGUAAUCCCCAAAGUAGAUUUAUCAUCUCUCCGGGCUCCAACGCUAAGGAAGUUAAUGAUCUAUUAGACGAAAAAAUGAAAUUACAAAAUGUCAGAAAUGUACAAAGUAGUAAUCUGAACUCCAAAGAUGACGAUGACGAAGAUGUCAGAAGAAAACGCAGCAGCGAUGAGGAAGACCAUUAUAAGCCGCGGCGUGUGAAGACGGGCGUCACGAUCCUGAACAUCGAUGGUGACGUGCGGGACGCCAUUGGAGACCCGGGCGCCGCUUCCGGCUCGCUCGCCUCUUCCCACGUUGACUCCUUCGUCAUCAGACCCGCGCCCGUCAUGAAGAACGAGCCCCGCGACAAGGCGCGCGAGGAAGAUGCGCGCCGCGAGAGGGAGCCUGCCACCACGCCGCCCCCCAAAUUGGAACACGAACUGGUGGUCGAGGCGCAGAGCCCCGCGCGCAUCGUGUGUGAUCUGCCCGCUACACACAACGUGACCGACCUGCGAUGGCACAAGGAUACCGAGGUGGUGAGCUUGGAGAGGACGAGUGGGGCGUUGGCGGUGGAGGCCCCCUACCUGAGCGAUGGCGCCGUGGUGAUACCGCGGGCCGGCCGGCAGCACGCCGCACUCUGGCGCUGCACCGGACGAGACCAUGGGGGGGACACAGUGGCAGGGCUCCCCACGCGCCUGCUCAUCUAUGAGGCGGUGCGGUCGGUAUACCUGGCGAUAGACGGGCGCCGGCUGGACGCAGGCAACACGUGGGUGCCGGUGAGCGACAAAUCCGAGCUGGAGGUGCAAUGCGUCGCCGAAGGUGGCGUACCGCCGCCCGAACUGGUGUGGCAGUUGGUACCACUGGAGCCGUCGCUGGACUAUCGGCCCUACCUCGAGGUCAACUCCACCGACCACUCCAUCGAAGGCGUGACGUCAUCCUACGUGGUGGUGUUAGCGGCGCGAGAGCUCCACAACGCGACGCUCGUAUGCGAGGCACACCAGCGGACUCCACUCAGCCACAGCGACAAUUACACCUCGGCCGUUAUCCCCGCCACCAAGCUGGAGAUCCACGUCACCUAUCCGCCGUCGUUCGUGAUCUCGCGCUGGCCCGGGUUCGGCGUGAAUCUGGUGGCGGGUAGCGGCGCCACGCUGCGCUGUGACGUGGACUCCAACCCACCCUCGCGUGCCAUGUGGACGCGGGACUCCAGCCUCGACCAGCUUUACCCAGAGAGCUCGCCCUCGCCCGUGGAGAACAGCGACGGGUCGGCCACGCUCCACUGGUCGCGGCUGUCGACGGCGGACGGUGGCUGGUACCAGUGCCGUGCCACCUGGCUCGAGAUACAGUACUCAUCCAUCGGGUACUACCUCAACGUGCUACCACUUGAUGAGUUGACUACGACUACUGAGCCGGCAGUCGAGGAGCCAGAACAUCAGGAGGUCGAGGUUAAUCUUGGAGGAAAUGUCCAACUUCAUUGCCCUAAAGGUAGCGUGGGCUGCUGGUGGCGGCGUGUGGCCAGCAACACGAGCGACAACUGGGCGCCGGCUGGCUCGCACCACGCGCACGGUGUCCUGGGAAUAUCGGAGGCCAUGUGGGAGGAGGACGGUGAGUAUCGCUGUCUGGGCACGCGAAGCUCCGAGCGCGAGCGCCUGCGGGAGCUCAAGCGGGUCACCCUCUCAGUGUCCGGCGGCGCCACGGCACGGGUGCUGCGCGUGGAGGAGACGGGCGCGGAGUGGCGCCUCACAUGCAGCGUGUGCGGACGCGACGUGCGCGCGUACUGGCUGUGGCCUGCGAGUGGUCUCUCGCAGCCCGCCGAGCUUACCGCCGACGAGACGCAACACUGCUGGCACGCCAGCCACGUGACGCACGACCCCGAUGAAGCCUGGUGCGUGGCCGUCACGCCAGCUGGUGGCGCCGUGGCCAUGUUCCCCGCCCGCGCCUCUGACCCCACCCGUUCACCCGAGCUUCACCCCGGCAACGCUUCCGCGACCAAUCUAGCGCGGCCGCCACUGCCAGUGCUCCUCUUCGGGCCAGCGGUGAUCGCAGUAGUCAGCUACGGUCUCAAUCACAUGAGUUAAUCUACGUUAGUACCGAUGCUACCUAUGACGACGCACUUUGUACUCGGCGAUCGUAAGUGGUUUUACUUAUAGUACGAGGAAAUCUAUUAAGGUUUCGGAAAUUUCAAUUAAAUUAAUUUUGUAUAUAAAUUGUCACCGGCCACUAUCGGUUUGUGAUAAUAUCAAUAGCUUACCAUCAUUGUGUAUUGUUAUAGAUUUUUUCUGUCUCCUAAAACACGUUACAAAUCGGUUUUAAAUAUUUUUACUGCCGAAUCGCACUUGUAUGAAAUGUCGUAACUCGCAGGUUUGGCCCAACUGUUACAUUUAUAAACAAGUUGGAAUUCACUGAGAUGGUGUACCUAUGUAGUAUGCAAUAACUUAGCAAUUAUGUAAAAUAUCUACAAUGACCCGCUCGGGGGUAAUGAAAUGAAUUGGUAGUAUGAAUCGCUUGAUUCACCCAAGAUUAUAAUGAUUCAAACUUGUCUUCAACAACGUUGAGUGUACGGUCGCUAAUAAUAUGGUUCGUAUAGUGAGGUCACCCCAUGUCCUCACUGUGUACGGCGUUCGAAGCCUUAUUACGUCGGUGUAGGAGUUAUUUUCCGAUUCGGUAUUGUCGCUGCAGUGUUGUCCAAUUGUCGAAUUAUAAUAUUUUCACACAUCUUGUUAAGUUUUCUUGUGAGUUUUACAUCUCUGUGCCGCAAAAUAACUUUUUGAAUACGUCUCGGAAGUUUUACUGUAGUUACAUGAAAGUUGUACUAUGAUUUUAGAUGAUCUUAUAUUUGAAUUGACGAAAUGUAUUUUUUCUAAUGUACCUAAUUAUUAGUUCCUGAAACAUUUUAAAGUUAUUUGGCAGUUUGGCAAGUUGCAAUGUCAAUGUAAGAUGUAGAAAUUAUAAGAUGAAAUAAAUGACAGCAAUAAUUGUUGAGCUGUGAGGAAUACAUGCGGUGAGGACUGGGGAGGGCGGAGGAGGUCAGAGGAGGAGGAGUAGCUUGUGUCAAUUUGAUGGUGGUGAGAAGAGUUUAUAUUUAGAUGUGAUCAUAAUAUGUUAUCAUGUAUCGCUGUUUGAUCGUAUUUAUGUCUUUGAUAACUAAACGAAUUAUGAAUAAUUGAUUAAAUUGUAUGUGUGAUACAAAUAUAUCUUAGUAGUUGUCUAUGUACUAGCUUCGUAGUGUGUCUGUCUGUCUCUCUGUCUUUAGUCUACUCUAAGAUAUUCCCGCCGACAUGCGAGAAGGUGUUAUCUUGUCUCAUGGCAAGUCGGGCGUGGAUAUUACGUUUGUACUAGAGGUCUUAUAAGCCAACGUACACAAACACAAGUUGACACCUUCUGAACGUACUUUCUGUCUCUUUCUUUUUGUUACCUGUCUUCUUCUAAUAUACAACGCGUAACACAACAAGCGCAAUUCCUGAACGUAGUACAGAAUGGAGCUCUUAAUCUUUUACGUAUGUAGCUUAAUAUUAUUGUAAUUUACCUUUUCUCGCAUUUAAUAAUACUAAAAGCUCAAUAUGCAAGGUGCAUCUUUUACAGUUAUAGGUUAGUAUUCCGCCAUUACAAGACUAUACAUUUUUUUAAAGAAUUUAAUAAAUGUAUUAAAAGUGUAAUAGUUUGCUGUAGAGAUGUAUAUGUCGUCUAUGAUGUUUUCCUCUACUUUAACUAGAUGGCGCUCUUUCGACAUUGUCUCAUUCUUUGUCUCAUUUGGUGUCACGUUCCGUUUGUUGUGCUCCGCGGUGUACGGGUGGCGGUGUAGUCGUGCCAAAUUGUUGAAUAUAAUGACUCGCAUUUUGUUAUCAAUUAUUAGUAGAUGAAUUUAUUUUAUUUUUGAAUUAAAUUCAAUUGGAACGAACACCAAAAUAAAUAAUAACGUAAUUUAUAUUUUGUACUUAUUGAAUGUUGUGGCUGUCAUACGUUUAUUGAUGACGUCAUCGCUAGCAUUUAUCAAGUUGAGCUGACGUGUCGUACGUGUUGGGCUCAGACCGCGUUCCACCGAGACUAGUAUUUGUAGGUGGUGCGGUGUCAGGGUUGUCACUGUGUGCUUUGUUAUCGGCAACAGUUUCAUGAUCCUUAGUAUCCAUAGUCUUGGUCUCGUCAAUGUUAUAUUUGUAUAUUUAUAAUUAUUAUCAUGGUAAGCCUUUAUUAAAAUAUGCACAUCAGUGACAGCCCUGGAUAUAUUAGAUAUAAUUAGUGAUUAUAAACUAUAUCGAUGUCAAUUGGUAGUACCCCCUCUCACAACUUCCCGCUCUGCAGUUGGAUCUACCAGCUGAUUUCUGCCCUAUCUCAUUGUACACAAAAGUGUUAAUUGUAUUGAACAAGCAUUAAUAACAAUAUCUGACUUCCAAUCAAUCUAGAUCACUGACCUGUAUAAAUGCCAAUGGAUAGGCUGUUUGAUAUGUUUGACAGCAAUUUUUUAUGCCUAUUUGAAACGCCACUCGCGAGCGUCCAGAGAACUAAUUUUGACAUAUAAUACAAAUGGCUGCGAGAGAAGCAUGUGUACUCUGAAGUAUUUUUGCAUUUUGAAUUAAUUUCGGUCGUUUUCCGUGUUAUUUAUACUUCAGGAAUUAACGUAAUAAAGUAAACAAUUUUAUUUUGUUAAUAGUUGUCCUACCAUGUAUGUUGUCCACUAGGUUGUCAUCACUAGUUUUAGUGCCGCAGACUCUCGCUACAUGGCCAACAGCGCCAAAAUGGCGAAUAUCAAACAGGCACAAAAGCACUUUGACAGCCGCCAGUCCAGUGGUAAAAAGUAGAGGUCAGUGCUUCAAUAGGAUUUAUACAUUUGUUGCAGUUAUUUAUCAAUUAAAUAAAUGUUUUAUUUAUAUUAUUAGAAUGCGACUCCCAUAGGUUUAAUAAUACUUGUAUACUUCAAAAGUUAACUCACAUUUAAUCAAAUUUAAAUAAAUUAUAGGGUUGAUAAUAUUAUUUAAGAAUAGUUAAACAGGAACACGUCGCUGUGGCAUCGUUCUCUGUGCAUUUGUCCGGUAGAACUGUUCCUGCUAACAUUAUACAAAAUACAUACAUAUAUGUUAUAUUAUAUAAGUGCUCACUUGUUAUGUUAUUAUGACAGAUGAAAGCGCAGAUGUCGCCGUCGCGGUUCGCGGCCGAACACAAUCUCUCAAAGUUGAUUUAAGUUAGAUUUUAUAUAGAGAUACUAUAAUCUUAUAUUUUUGUAUUAUCUCAAGCCGACAAUGCGGGCCACCCUGAGUGAACGAGUAAUAUUUUUUCAGAUUUUUGGCGGGAGGAUAGGCUUGGUACAGCAAUCUUAAUGAUCAUCAUUUAGAUGAACUUUUUUUUAAUGAAAAUAAGGGACGAGACGAGCAGGACGUUCAGCUGAUGGUAAUUGAUUCGCCCUACCCAUUACAAUGCAGUACCGCUCAGGAUUCUUGAAAAACCCAAAAAAUCUGAGCUGCACUACAAUUGCGAUCGUCACCUUGACACAUAAGAUGUUAAGUCUCGUUUGUCCAGUAAUUUCACUAACUACGGCGCCCUUCAGACCGAAACACAGUCAUGUUAACACAUUACUCCUUCAAGGCAGAAAUAGGCGCCGUUGUGGUACCCAUAAUCUAGCCGGCUUCCUGUGCAAAGGAGCCUCCCAAGAACUCAUACCAAAGUUGCAGCUACUGCUACGGUCGUAUAACACGAUGUUAAUGUCUAUAGAUACUAGUCGUUCACUCUGGCUUGCCGCGUGUGUGUCCGGGCGCAAUGAGGUCAAUUUGUGGAAAUUACACACUAUGUACUUAUAUAUAUGCUGAAAACAGUCCGUCCAACGGAUAUCGUAGUUAAGGUGUCCUUAGACCUUCCCUGUACAUUUCACUAUGAGCGAAAGGGCUGGAGUACAAUAUGCGAUAAAAACGCAGCGUGUUUGAGUCUCCACUGAAUAUAAAUACAUUCAGAUGCAAAUUAAUUUAAAAUCGAUAUGCUGCCAUUCCAAUGUCACUAAGACACAAAUGUUAAGAUGUACCAUGAUCAUAGAAUAGAGUGUUUUUUUCCACAACAUCUACUGAAAAUUAGAGGAAAUACCUAUUCAAAAUAUGUUUAUUUUAUAUUUUAGAAACCCAAACUGAUAAAUAAGAACAUUUUAAUACCAGUGGCUCUUAAGUUUGUCAAAAAACUAGCGCUCAUCGUGUUAAUACUCGCCUGUUUCGAACGCAAAAUGUACGACGGCUCAAAAUUUUUCGAUCCUUCUUUAGAAUAAUAGUUCCAUGAAACGUUUUUAAAACGUAUUUAGUAUUGUUAGUUAUUGCUUCGGAUUCCCCUUCAAUCCUUUCACAAGCUCCGCGACAUCUGCGCUUCAUCCCCCACGGUUACCUACCGUGACACGCAGCCGGCACGCGGUAGAGGUGCCGGCUCACGUGAUAUGUCCAGAACCUUCCUUCCUUCACAAGUCCGUCUCACUGUUAUAUUGUAAACUUGUUAAAUAAACAUACGAAACAAAAUGGCGAAUGGGAAUAGCCUUAUACAUACAGCAUAGUACGGUGCUGAUAGUAUCAUGAAAUGAACUCUAUGGCAGAUGGCGCUUAAUUUCAUAUUCCAUCCUUUCCAUCCUCGAUCAGAACUCUUAACAGCGCCAUAUUGGAUUCGUCAUUUAUUAAAUCAAGUUAUUCGACCGAAUCAGUAUUAAUGUGGAUGUAUUUCAUUAAAUAUUUAUAUCUGAUAAUUUAUAUGAGGUCUCGGUGAAUCACAUAGUUACGCGGAUAAUUUUUUAAAUAAUAAAAUAAAAUUAAAGGAGAUAUACACCACAGACAGUUAUCACUAAAGAAUAGUUGAUCCAACAGCACAGCAGAGCGACGUUAGUGAAUGACGUUCACAUGACUGUCCAGUAUAAUUGUAAUGACAGGGGAGUGCGGACACUUCCAAUAUCUCACUUUUUUGGAAUUCGAGGCAACUAUUCAAAGGUGUGAUUCACGCAUGAAUCAUCCUAGAACCAAGCAUGUUGGUUCUCUUUAUCGCGAAAUGGUGAAGACGUGAAACCAUCUAUACUCGCAUUUCGCGACUGUCACGCUGAGAAUGUGGAGCCGGCUUAUAAAAAUUGCGUCGAACACGAGAUACUUACUAACUAAAUGAAUAUUUAUACUUAUUUAUCAGGUAAAUGUUGUGUUAUCAUCUUAACUUUUAAAAUUCAUCCUGAUUGUAAUGAUUCUAUGGGGGUUCCUCUUAUCAAUCUGUUGCAAUUAAAGAUACGAAUAUGUGUCGUAUUCUUAAUUAAAAUUUUAUGGGACAAUUUAAAAAAAAUAGAUGAACUACUUCCAUAACUUUGCUGAUGAUGCUUCCACACAGCUGCUAAAAUAUUUAUAACAUUAUACUACACGUGAUAAUUUUUUCUUACUAUUGUUUUUUUUUUUUGAAAAUUUGAUCUCAUCUUGUAUUGAUUGGAACCUUCGGUAACCUAUAACUAAAUCGGAUUAUUUAGGUUAAAUAUUUUUUAACUUCUGUGUGGAAGCACAUUUAUACGUGACAUGAGAGGCAACUUGUAUUGAAUUCAAAUAUUGAUCCACAUUCGUACUAAUCGGUUGUUUAUUAUAAAAUUAUAUGCAACUUAUGUACAUAUUUAAAUUAUGAAGUUUGUUGUAUGGCCGUAGCAGGUAUAAUUGAUCGUUGCCAAUCAUCAAAUGCUCGCCAUCAAAUCCCCACUAAUGUGAAGUACCCACAAAUGUCGUCUUAGCGUCCAUUAUUAGUCAUUAGUGUUGCGCGCGUCAGCAAGGAUGGUCGCGUGCGCCGCGUCGGUGCCAACUCAUAGGUUAUAUUUACAUUUAUUAUAUGUUUAAUUGUUUACUUUGAUAUUAAUGUUUAGAUUCAUAAUCAUUGCCAGUGUAUUCGAAAUAAAUUGUAUUAAA